AUGUCCCUCUUACCCGAUCAUCUCCUCCUGCUCGUCGCAGAGCGAGCAGGCUUCCCAGAAAUUCAAGCUCUCCGAGCCACUUGCAAAAGAAACCGCGAUCUGUUGGACCGGUAUGAGCAUGCCGUGACCAAAAUCAACACCAGGCGCUACCCCUGCGCACCCUGCAAUCAUAUCCUCGCUUCAGAUACACGGGAGCGGGAGGUCUUACCUAUAGACACAUUUGAUAUCAUCCACGAGCUGGAAAGACGCGAGCGCAAUAUUGAAGAGGUCGUCAACGGUGCCUUCCUAGCCUUCUGGGAAGAGUACGACCUGCAAGAUGCAUCCAAGGCGGGCCUCAUCCGCUCCAAUCUUAAGAGAGCGCUGUGGCAGUGCUCCACGAUUGCGGACUUGGAGACACACUCCAUCAGAUACAGGGACGACGUUGUACCGCGGCGUGACCCCUGCGUAAAGUCCCUGAUCCACCAGGACGUUGUUCUCCGCGACGCACCGCCGCCGGACGGCUGGCACCUGGCACUGAAGGAGAUCCACGAUUCGAACCGCCAGGACGUACGGUUCCGUCAAAUCGCACACAUCCGCGCCCUGCCCAUACAGGAGCUGGCAGGCAUCAGUGUACUGGCGCACCUGACGAGUCAGGGGUACAUGCGGUACCGGGCACCGACGAGCGCGGGGUCAAGGCCCGACAUUGUCGAGAUGGGGGUAUGCAUGGCAGAGAACACUAUCCGUCACGGAGUAUUCUUCUUGUACAGCAAGGUAAGGAGCAACGAGGAAGCUCACCAUCAUGCGAGGUUGCUCCUAGACGACACAUACGACGAGAUGCGGAGGUGGGAAGCCGGGGACCCAAGCGUGCUACCCGGGUUGACGAUGACCGUCGCUUCUACGCUUUGUCAUAAGAUUGGAUGUGAACAUAGAGAUUUGCUGAGAGCCGCCUGUACGGUGCUCAAGGGGGGCGUGUGGAAGGUAGAAAAGCAAGAGGAGGACGCAGGCCCGGAGUCUGAACGGGGAAAGGAUGGGUCUACGGAAGGCACAAAUACUAGCGACACGGCACAAGACAGGGGGGAAGAGGAUGGCGGCGGCGGCGAGGACGAGGUUGAGCAACCAUAG